AUGCGCACUGCCGGAAGGGACCGAAGGAAGCCGUGGCUGGACCGGGCGGUCCCGGCUCCUCCCUUCGGCUCGUUGGCGGGCGGGCUAGUCCUGGAAAAGCGGCAGGCGCGGCGCCCGAGCGAGGGGCCGAGCUUAGAGAAGAAGGAGGCGCGGCACCCGAACGAGGGGCCGAGCCGGGAGAAGCAGGAGGCGCGGCGCCCGAGCGAGGGGCCGAGCCCGGAGAAGAAGGAGGCGCGGCACCCGAGCGAGGGGCCGAGCCCGGAGAAGCAGGAGGCGCGGCGCCCGAGCGAGGGGCCGAGCCUGGAGAAGAAGGAGGCGCGGCACCCGAGCGAGGGGCCGAGCGGGGAGAAGCAGCAGGCGCUGUGCCCGUGGGAGGGCCGAGCCAGGAGAAGCAGCAGGCGCGGCACUGAUCGGCCUGGCGCUGGCCGGGGGACCCCGCGCGCUGUCCUACUGGCGGGUGGCGUGGGCAGCGGGGGAAUCCAGAUGGACGGCAGCGCGGUAACCUGCAGCGCCGAGGCGCGGCUGCUGGUGGGCCGGGAGGCUGUGCGCCCCGUGCCCGCCCUGCUGGCCCCUGCGGUGCUGGUGGGCACCACGCUGGGCCUCUGCUGUGGCCUCUGGCUCGGCUGCCGCCUCCGCCGCCCGCGGCCCCGGCUCCAGAAAGACGACACUCAAGGACUACUCAAGAACAUGGAGCCUGGCGUGCAGACGCCCUCGGACACGGGGUCCCUGUCCAGGAGAAGGAGAAGGGAGACACAGACAUCGAAGGAGGAGGGGAGGCUGGAGGAAUGUGAACCAUCUUUCAACAGCAAUGUCACAGCAUUUGCAAUGAAGGCUAAAGUCGUCUACCCCAUCAACCAGAAGUUCCGGCCCCUGGCCGACGGCUCCUCCAACCCGUCUCUGCACGAGCACCUGAAGCAGGGGGCGCUGCCAAGCCAGGUGGAGGCCUCGCCGUCCAGCAGCCUGGGCAGCCUGAGCCAGGCCGGCAAGGACGACGGCAGCUCCUGCUCCAGCAGCCACUCGGCCACCAGCGACGACAGGUUCCUCAGUCGCACCUUCCUCCACGUGCACACCUUCCGCCAGCUGCUGACCUGCGAGAGCGCCGACAUUAAUUUGUGCAUCUACAACCUUCACUUAAAGGACCUGCGGCAUUUGGACUUGCAGCUGAGGCAGGAGAAGUACAUGGGACCUCGCCCAGGGCUGCUGCUGUUGUUAGUUGCCAUCAAGCACUGCCUGGGGCUGUCCAUCUUCACAACUGUUGCUGCAUCGGAGCCCAUUGCUGCAGUCACUGUGUCCAUGGAGCUCAUUGAGAGCCUUCAUCUUGCUAGUGACCCUCUGCUUCACCAAGCAUGCAUCACCGUCACCUUCAUCACCAUCACCUUCAUCACCACCGUCACCUUCAUCACCACCGUCACCUUCAUCACCACCGUCACCUUCAUCACCAUCACCUUCAUCACCACAUCACCAUCACCUUCAUCACCAGUCACCUUCAUCACCACCGUCACCUUUAUCACCACCAUCACCUUCAUCACCACCGUCACCUUCAUCACCACCAUCACCUUCAUUACCACCGUCAUCUUCAUCAGUACCAUGCUCAGUACUGCCAUUAUCACCACCACAACCAUCAUCAUCAUCAUCAUCCUUAGUACCACCAACAGCAGCAUCUUUAUCUCCGCUAUUAUCACCUCCACCAUCAUCAUCCUCCUCCUCACUACCACCACUAUUAUCCCCAGUACCACCAUCAUCUUCAUCAACACCAUCAUCUCCAUCAUCCUCAGUACCAUUACCACCGUCUUUAUCACCACCAUCAUCAGCACUAACACCGUCACCACAGUCAUCAUCAACACGACCAACGUCAUCACCUUCAUCUUUAACACCACCAUCAUGUGCAUUACCAUCACCACCCUCACCAUCCUCAUCGCUUCCAAUACUACCAUUGUUUUCAUCACCACAACCACCACCACCACCAUUAUUACCAUCAUCUUAAUCUUCAUCCUCCACCUCCAUGACUUCUGCAGUCUGCACCGGGCCGUUAUGUCUGUGCUGAGUCCACUGCUGCUCAGGAGCCUGUUGGGCCCGGCCCAGCGGGUCCUGGUGCCGCGCGUCCAGGUCCACUCGAAGCCGGUGCAGGAGAAGAUCGGGAUCAUGGACUCCAUCACCGGGCUCACCGCCUGCUUCAUCUGUUGCCUUGUGCCCCCGGCCUGGGAUUUGGAGGAACUGGAAAAGGCACUUCAGACCAAGCUGUCAAACAUAGAGAUGUUGGGGUCCGGUGACUCUGACUAUAUCACCCUGGCUGAUGUGGAGAGGAGGGAGAGAGAUUAUUCGGAGCAACUAAUGGAUAACAUGGAAGCCUUCUGGAAGUACGUGGAGAACACCCAGCACUUCCUGGUCCACCAGCUCAAGUGUUCCAGCUCCAGGGCCCAGCAGCUCAUGUUCACUCUGACGGAGAGAAUGAUCCACGCCGAGGACUUGCUGCGGGAAUCUCAGGAUGCUCAGGCUCUGGACAUCCUGGAGAGGACCCUGGCCCGCGAGCACAUGGCCAAAGUGAUGGAAUUCCUGAAGCUGCAGAUCCAGGAAGAGGCCAAGUGUCGGCUGGCGGCCAUCUCCCAUGGCCUGGAGCUGCUGGUGGUGCAGGGCCAGCUGAGUGGACAGCAGACGGAAGAGCUGCUGGCCCAGCAGCACAAGGCCUUCUGGGAAGAGGCCGAGCUCUUCAGCCGGGAGUUUGUCCAGAGGGGCACAGACCUGGUCAGGAUGUCACUGCAAGGCCAGGCGGAAGUGAUGAGCAGGCUCUGGGUGGUCCAGGAAGAGGAGCACAGAGUCUUCCUGACUGAGACUCAGAUGGCCACUGACCCGGAUGACUUCCUCAAGGCGUUUCAUGGGAUCCUAGAGAGGCAGCGGCUGACACGGAGUUACCUGGAGGAAGGAGAAGACGUCAGGAUCACGGAGGCCUUGGCCGGGCUCUGCCAGGAGCUGUAUCAUAGCACCAUCAGAAGCUUCCAGAAGCUUGUGGACAUCCUUUUCCUUCAGACGCUCUCAGACAUGACAAGCCUCCCCCAGGAAGAGCGUGAAUACCUGAGACAGGAGGUCCAGGAGGACACCGCCCGGCAGCUGGGGACGUCUGACCGUUUCCGGAAACAGCAGUGGAAGCUCUUCCUGGAGGCCUGGGAUCAAGAGAAGCAGCUGUGGCUGGAGGAGCAGGCGUUAUCCACCGUGCUGCAGACACACCUGCAGGAGGAACAGGAGAGCAUCGUCCAUGGCGUCUUGGCCCGACUCAACGGCUUCAAUGAGGAGUCCACAUGGUGUGUCCUGCAGGGCCAUGACCUGCUCCUGCGCUCCAUGCUCCGCAAGCUGGCCCUCCGCGGCAGUGCCGUCACCACCCUGGUGCAGAUGAGACUGUCGGGGAAGAAGAACCUCCUACGGGAGCUCCGUGAACAGUACGCCCUGGAGCAGGGCUCCUCCCAGUGCCUGGAUGAGCACCAGUGGCAGCUUCUGAAAGCCUUGGAGGCGCGUGUGCUGGAGGAGACUGGCCGGCUGGAGGACGAGGCCCAGCACACGCGGCAGCUGCUGCACCAGCAGCUCCUGGCUGAGGCCCAGGAGGCCUGGCGACUCCUGCAGCAGCACACGGAGCGGGCCAUCGGCCGGGCUCUGCUGGGGCACGCUCGGAACGCGGCCACCAGGAGCCAGGUCAGGGACAGGGAUGACUUCAAGGCGUCGCUGAUGGAGGCGGCAGUGGAGAGUGUCUACGUGACCAGCCCCAGAGUCAGUCAGCUGGUACAGGGGUACUGCCAGCAGGUGAAGCAAGUGAUGCAGGACCACGAGGACAGGAGGCUGCAGCAGCUGAAAACCCUGCAGGAUGAGAGACUGGAGGCCUUCAGGCUGCGGAAGAAGGACCAUGCUGACCACCCACUCGGGAACGUGCUGGCCGGAGCCCGCAAUACCGUCCAGCACAGGCUAUUGUCACAGCAGCAGAGGUUCCUGGCCCAGUUCACCCAGCACCAGCACCUGCGCCUGGACGCCGGAAAGCAGAGGGCCAAAGCCAUGGACCUCCUUCAAGGCCAGCUGGAGACCCAGCUCCAGGACGCUGAGCAGACCUUCAUCUUGGAGCUGGCCGCCUUAGCCCGAGUGCCCCUGACUGAGAGCAGAGCAUCUCUGAGCAAGCGUGGGCCAUGGCCAUACGAGAAGUACCAACGGACUAAAAGGAAGAAGCCCCCUCCUCAGGAGAAAGGGGAGCCAGGAGCACCCAACAGUGAAGACCCUGUCCCGGAGGGCCACGCGGCAGGACCGCCCAGGAUCCAGGGACCUGGUCAUGGCUGCAGCCUGGGCCCCAAGAACCCCUGCUCCACAGUGACGUUUGUAGCAGCCUUUCUGUCCGGGAUACUUGAAAUCCUUGAAAGAGGCCCUACCUGGACCCUGAACCUCCCUUUGGGGCCGCCUUUCCCCCCAGGGACCUUCCCCCCCCGGGGCUGCCUUCCCCCCUCCAGGGGCCACCUUCCCCCCCCAGGGGCCACAUUUUCCGCCUUGACAUGGGGGCCCUCGGUGGUCAUUCCUGGCAGCAGAUAUGAGCAAGGGCCGGCCUCGGGCCAUAGGCCGUUGAACAGCAUCCCCAGCCUCCCCUGCCGGGUUUCCAUUCAGGGCUGUGGCACUGGCUCCACGUCACCCCGACUCCACGUACGGCAGACAGAAAGCCCGGCCGUCCUGUCCUGA